AACUCAAUGUUUGAUUCACUAUCACAACACAAACGAUCCAUUGUAAUAACAGCAACAAUUAUAACCGGCAUAACAGUGGUGUAUGUCAUCAAAAAGUGGUUGUCUGUCGUGUCCUACAAAUCUCGGGCAUCAACUGAAAACAAUGACAAACAAACGUUUAGUUGUGAUGCAAAUAAUGGCAAACAAGAUAUCAUUAGUGAGACAAAUGUUGAUCAUUACAGUACCAUAAAUGACAGUGUUGUAGAUGUGAUCGACAAUUAUAAUUAUAAUAAUAAUAAAUUUACUGAAUGUGACAAUAGUGGUGAUCAAAGUCAAGAAUGUAAUGAUAAUAUCAACAGUAAUGGUCAGCUUAGCGAUGAUGACAGUAGUAGUGAUACCACUGUUAGUACUGUAGUGAUUGAUGAUCACCAUAAGAAUCAAGAUUCUGAUAUAUUUAUUAAUGAUAAUAAUGUCAUAUUGGGAUCAAAUGAAUCAAUUCAUAAGAUUAGUGUCAAUGAGUGCAAAGUUCAGUCCAAAUACAUUCAACAAGAAAUGAAUGGAGAAGUUGUAGAAAAAAGUAAAGAAAACGACAAACAAAAGCAAGAAAAUCAAUUAAAUGACAAAAUGUUUGAUAAAUUAUAUAAGCAUUCACUCAAUGAUUAUAUAUACAGACCUACAACUGUGGAGAAGUUGGACUCACAAAUCAAUAAUAAUAAUAUUAAUAUUAAUGGAUAUGCUUUCAAUGGGUUUCAUAGUAGUAGUAGUAGUAGUAGUAGUAAAGGUAGUGAAGAACUACCUCUUAAUAAUAACACUGAAAGUAAUGAGAUAACAAAUGCAAACAAUUUGUUUGAUUGUGUGCCGCAUUUGGCAGCAAUUGUCUUAACCGAUGAUCAUAUUAAGGACUGGUGUGAAAUUGUGUGCAUAACUACCGGAUCGGAUACAAUAGAAACUGAAUAUCUGGAGCCGGAGUAUGUUGUGGUUGACUGCAGAGCACCAGUAUUGGCGCGGAGAGGACUUAUUAGAUAUCUGUACAAUAAGUUAACUGAAUUGGUUACCAAUCAGAUAUCAGAGGAUGAAUCAAUAUUUAGAUCUAUUACGGCGUCAAAUAGGUUUCAAUUGAAAAAUAAUUUCAAAUUUAGUCUUUAUUUGAAUGAACCGAUUGACAGUUGUCUCCAUAUGAGAGGCACCGCUGCUAAUGAUAGUGAAGUUAGCAAUGGACAGUCAGUUCGGUUAAAGUCAACUACCGAUAAGCUGAGUGUAUGGAGUCAAGUGGGAGUUCAGGGAUCAUUGCUCAGUCAUUUUGUUGAUGCUAUAUAUAUUACAAGUGUGAUCACUGGUGUGCCUUUAAAUGAGCGAUCAUUUCAUCAACAUUUUGUCCAAAACUAUACCCGAGAGCCAAAACUAAUGAAAUGCGAAAAACAAUUGUUCACAAAUAUGGUGAAGCAAUUGAUGGCCUUUCAAGUGAAAAAUGCAUUUCCCUUUCCAGUGGCCAUCAAUUGGAUUAAUACAGAGGAAGACUUAGAGUCUAUUGAUUGUCGUACCGGUAAAGCCAUUGACACGGGUGUCAAAAGUGGUCAUCUAUUGAACAUAAGUCGUCUAUCAAAGCAUUCACUUUAUCACUUAUUUUGCAACUUUUUAGCCAAUUAUGAGCACAGUCUGCGACCACAUCAGUCAAUGCCACAAACGUAUCGCAAGUGGAAGGAGACGGCACCUAAUUAUAGGAUACAAAAACAAUUACUUAAAGUAAGAUAUGCUGUCGCAGGCAGACAAUGGACUACAAUGCCAUCAGAUCUCGAUUUGUUUAACUAAUGAUCCAAACAAACAAUACUGUCUUUACUACUCUAUUAAUAUUAUUAUUAUUAUUCCUAUUAUUUUUCACUUAUAUAUUCCUAU